UAUAAAUUUAAAAUGCCAACUAUUGGGGUAAAUCGUGAUGACCUAUUCAAGUGUCUCGGUGAAACAUACACUGAGGAAGGGUUUGACGAAUUAUGUUUUCAAUAUGGCAUCGAACUGGAUGAAGUUACUUCUGAGAAGGAACAGAUUGAAAAAGAACAAGGAGAGAGUAAAGCAAUAGGUGCUUCGGAUGCUGUGAUAUACAAAAUAGACAUACCAGCAAACAGGUAUGAUCUACUUUGCAUGGAAGGACUUGUUCAGGCUUUAAAAGUUUUCUUGAAAAAGGAACCGGCCCCAAACUACCGAUGUGUUGCCCCAAUAAAUGGGGUAAAGCAACAAAUUAAUGUCACCCCGUUAACUCAGCAAAUUCGCCCCUUUUGCGUUGGAGCUGUUCUAAGAAAUAUUACUUUCACAAAGGAAGGUUAUGAAAGCUUCAUAGACCUGCAGGAUAAGCUUCACCACAACAUUGGUAGAAGGCGAACACUUGUCUCCAUUGGGACUCAUGACCUUGAUACAAUAACUGGUCCUUUUACAUACGAUGCUCAAGCACCAGCAGAUAUUCAAUUUGUUUCUUUGAAUCAAACCAAGGAACACACAGCAGUUGAGCUGAUGGAGCUUUAUUCAAAGGAUUCUCAUUUAAGAGCUUUUCUUCCAAUAAUCCAGGAUAGUUCUGUUUACCCAAUAAUACGAGACAGCAAAGGUGUUGUUCUAUCCAUGCCCCCUAUUAUAAAUGGUGAUCAUUCGAAAAUCAAGCUUACCACAAAGAAUGUCUUGAUAGAAAUCACAGCUACUGAUCUGACAAAGGCAAAAGUAGCGUUGGACACCAUUGUAACCAUGUUUUCGUGCCAUUGUGAAGAUAAGUUCACAGUAGAACCAGUUGAUAUUAAUUGUCAUGAUGGAACUGUUAUGGAGACUCCAAGUUUAUCAUAUAGACAAGAAACUGUCACUGCUGGGAAUCUAAACAGCAAGAUUGGAGUUGAUUUGAAAGCUGAAGAAAUUGCUGAUCUUUUAACUAAGAUGUGUUUAAGAUCUGAAGUAACCAAUGUUGAAAAAGGUGAAAUUCUUGUCACAAUUCCACCCACGCGCUCAGAUGUCAUCCAUGCUUGCGAUAUUGUAGAGGAUUGCGCAAUCGCUCUUGGAUUUGACAACAUUGUCCAAACUUUCCCUCGUUCGGUUACAGUGGGUGGUCAACAACUCUCAAUGAAAAUGUCAGAAAGAUUACGACCUGAACUUGCAGGCGCUGGGUUCACUGAAGUCUUAACUUUCUCUCUUUGUUCAUCUGAUGAUGUUGGGAAGAAGAUGAGACAAGUAGGAAAAGAAAUGGAAAAUCUUGCCGUUCAAAUCUCCAACCCAGCUACUCUGGAAUUCCAGGUUGUUCGCACAUCGUUACUACCUGGGUUGCUGAAGACCGUUGCUUCAAACAGAAAGAUGCCGUUACCGAUUAAAAUAUUUGAAAUACAAGAAGUUGUAUUGAAGGAUGGCUCACGUGAAACUGGGGCAAGAAAUGAAAGAAGGAUUGGUGCAGUUUGUUAUAAUAAGUUACCAGGGUUUGAGGUUAUACAUGGUCUUCUUGAUCGUAUUAUGCAAAUACUUGAGGUUAAAUGGGAAUCCAAUGACCCAAAGUACAAGGAUAAAGGUUAUUGCAUCAAGAGUGCAGAAGACCCUUCCUAUUUUCCUGGCAGGUGUGCUGAGAUUUAUGUUCGUGGUAAAGCGGUUGGUAAACUUGGUGUUUUACAUCCCGAGGUCAUCAGUAAUUUUGACCUGGUUUGUCCAGCUUCUGCGCUCGAAAUUAACCUGGAAAGUUUCUAUAAGUCGUGAUACAACAUUAGUCAUUACAAAUUGAUGCAAAUUUUCUGCUAUCAGAAUGAAUGCAUUUGUCACCUGUUACAGUAAAUAGGCCACCAUCAGUUCCAGAUAUUCUAAACAUGUUCAUAGUAUAAUCAUAGAUUACAUCGCAUGCAACUUGCUAUGUUGUAUUUUGUCUUUAAUAAACCUAAGGUGAAUGGUAAAGAAAACUUAAGGUGGAAUGCAAACGAUAUCAACAUCGCGUACGUACGAGGCUGUAAUGACGUCAUCGAAUAAAGCGUCAUUUCUAUGACGUCACAAGUAGAACCACGCAUAAAGAGCAUAGGACCGAAUAUAAAACUAAUUGCGAUCGCUGUAAAACAGGAAAUUUCGAUUGAUUCAAAUUCUGUAUUUUGCUGUAUACAUACCACCUAAUAAGGGUGGCAUCUUUGUGCGGAUUGGUUAGCGUGCCUCUAUCUCAGAGGUUACAAGUUCGAGGCUCGAAUCUGCCACCUUUGUGAGCGUAUCUGCGUAUCCUUUGGUACGACACAGUUCUCCCAACCCAAUGGUGUACUAAUGUGUUGUCUAAAUUGUUGGUUUACCUGAAACUUUUCUACUUAAAAUUGCCCAUUAAUAACAAAUGAACGACUCGAAAUUGAAAAGUUAUUUAAUUCGAAAUAUAAUCGUCCAUAUCAAA